AGAUGUUAUUUUUUAAUCACCAACUUGGUUUACAUCGACCAAAUUAAUUCUCGUGUCAAGUAGGUAUGAACUUGUUCGUAAAAGCUAACCUCUUGGAGGAUCACAGUCUAUAUAUAACCAGACAAAACGCACUUGUGUCCAGUCUCUCACGACCGGCGUUAUUGGCGGUCACACUUCAAGUGACCUCUAAAUAAGUGAGAAUUUCUCAACUAUGCAUGGCUUAAUCAUCAGUGUUCUACUUUGCCUUAUCGCACUCACAAGUGCGAGCGUCAUCCCAAACAAAUACAACGCGGAAAGAAACGAAUUACUAACGCAAGAAGAUGAACUCUUCCUCGGGGGAAAACUUAAACUCACAGAAGAUGAAGAAAACGUCAACGAUAUCCUCAUGCACUGGAAGAGAGAAGAGGUCGACGAAUCCUUCGCGAACCCUGAGAACUACAACUUUUCCAAACAUUUCUUCAGGUACAGAAACGACGUGAGCAAGUCCAAAGUGUACCAGAUCAUAAAGAAGAUGCCGAAAGGCGCAGUGCUGCACGUGCAUGCCAGCAUGAUGCUGGACACGGAUUCUUUAUUGAGACUGACGUACGAAGACCAUUUGUACGCUUGUUACGGCGACGGCAAUUUACAAUUACGUUUCGCGGACACCGUUCCCGCACAAUCAUGCCCAUUUAAGUGGGAGCUACUCAGUGAUCUCAGAAAUUCCUCAGGUGACGUCGAGGCAUUCGACGCCGAACUAAGAAAACACCUUACUUUGUACACUGAUGACAAGAAAUUACAAGACUCAGAUAUCAACGAUACCUGGAAGAGAUUCGAGAAAGUCUACGAUGUAGUGUCAGCCAUCAUUCACUACAGACCGGUCAGGGAGAGAUUCAUCUACGAAUCUCUUAAAUACUUCUACGACGACAAUGUUAUGUACGUCGAAAUCAGGAGCGGGCUACAUAACCUUUAUGAGUUGGACGGAACUGUGCACGAUCGAAUGUACUUCGCUACUCUCUACGAGAAGGUAACCAACGAGUUCAUACGGGAUUACCCCGAUUUUGUUGGAAUAAAGUUUAUAUUAACAUCUGGGCGUUGGAAGAGCCCGGAGAUGGUCCGUAGAACAUUGGAACUGGCCCGAAAAUUGAAGGCGGAGAAGCCUAAAUUCUUUGCGGGUUUCGAUUUAGUCGGUCAGGAAGAUUUGGGCAGACCAUUAUCUGAUUUUCUGCCGGUUUUGAUGGAAGCGAAGAAAGACAUGGACUUUUUCUUUCAUGGCGGAGAGACGAAUUGGUUUGGAACUACGACUGAUGAGAAUUUAGUGGACGCAGUGCUGUUAGGAUCAAAGAGGAUAGGUCAUGCGUAUGCGCUGAUCAAACAUCCAGUUAUAUUGUCGGCUGUUAAGCAGAGGGACAUUGCGCUUGAAGUGAAUGUGAUUUCUAAUGUGGUGUUAUCUUUGGUACGUGAUGUGAGGAACCAUCCGUUGGCUUCUUAUUUAGCUAUGGGGUUGCCAGUGGUGUUAUCAAGUGAUGAUCCUGGAGCAUGGGAGGCUGAUCCCUUGUCGCAUGACUUUUACGUGGCUUUUGUUGGUAUUGCCAGUAGACAAGGAGAUUUGCGGAUGUUGAAACAAUUGGCUUUCAAUUCUAUAAUUUAUAGUGCCUUAGAUGACCAUGGCAAAAAUAGACUAUUAAGUGUUUUCAAUAAAAGGUGGAGUGAGUUUGUAAAAUACGUUUUAUCGCAACACUCAUGGGCUUAAGGAUAGUGAAAAUUGUAAGUUAUUAAUAAUUUUAGAUGAGUAAUCUGUAGAUUUAAAGAGAGGAGCGAAUUUAUUUUUUAAUGAUUAGUUUAGUUCCUACUUUUAUUGUAAAAUACUUUAUUACCUACUAGAUUUACAAGGCUAUGAAAUAGUGUUAUCUUCUGAAUUUCAAGUUUAAUUAAUUUAAAUGAACUUUUGUCUUAAGAAAUCUUACCCUUAAAUGGCUUGAUUGUGUAUUGUAUGUAUGUAUCUACACAAAUUCCAGGAAAUGCAUGAUUUAUGCUUAUUUUAUAAAGGUUGUAUGGGACUUUAGGCUAGAUAGAAAUAAGACUGCUUUAAAAUUGUUAAUAAGACUUCCCAAUACCUAAGCAUUUACGUUAUUUAUAAAUACUUUGACCAAUAAAACAAUGACAAUUAAUACUUACUUAGUUAUGCUAACUACGAUAAUUGUAUUAUCUGAAAUAGUUAAGUUAUCUAACUCAUUUAAGACUUAUUUAUCUGAUAUUAUCGGCAUGAUUAAACACAUUUAAAUGGUAUAAUCCCGCAUUUUUGUGAACUUUACUGUGAAGUAUUAGAAGAUAUUUUGCAGCAGCAAUUGAGCUGAGAAGAGACUAUUCCCACCUCUCGUUCCCACCGCUGCAACUCCUGUGUAGCCAGGAUCUACAGCUUGACUGCCAAUAAAAACCCAACCAGUGAAAUUCAAGUUUGUCCCGGGGGAACGUUAAACUGUCGUUGGAUCCGCAACAGGAGUUCGAAGUUUAACAGUGUAUUUGUGUAAUCUAAUAAAUCUUAGAACAUUCCCACUUGACACCAAUUAGCUUGAACACCUAAUGGCUCUAAAACAUGUGGGAUGUGUGAACGUUUUAAUUAGUCGAUUUAAGAUGGCCGCGACGAAGAAGCGAGUAAACUGAAAAUACAAACUUUUACUGCCACAACAUAAAAGUUGAUUCCUGAACAAAAUUGAGUUGUGAAAUUAAAGUUCAGUAUUAUUAGGACCGUUUUUUCAAACGUCAUUCUUAUAAAUAUUUACACAAUAAGUGUAGCAUAACAAUUUCUGCAUGG